CGCUCCCUUAAUUGAUGUUUCUUAUAAAUCAAUUUACACUGAUUUGAAAUCUUAUUUAAUAUUUAUAAAUACAAAUAUUUAGUCUUAUUUAUUUAUUUAAUACAAAGGCGGUUCGUUCUGUUUUGACGUCAAAAAUAUUUCGCACAUGUUCUGCAAGAAAAUUGGAAAUUGUUUUUUCAUUUGACAAUAUCGAAUGCAGACGUAACAUAAUAACAGCAUGUGUGAUUGCUGUGCUACACGUGAGCAUCGAGUAUGCAAACUGAAACGGCCACACCAUAAACCUCUUCCAAUAACGCUAAAGCAACCCAGCGCAUGGGAGAAAUUCAAGUUACUCAUGUGGAAGAACAGCUUGCUGCAGGUGCGGAAUCGAGGGCAGACCAUCGCAGAAUUGCUGGUCCCCAUCGUCACUAUGGCAUUAAUACUGAUCAUUCGUUGUCAUGUCGAUCCCCUCGUUAUCGGUGUCACCAAAUAUCCUAAAUAUAGGGCUGAUACGUUAAAUUUUUCUUUACCUAUUUUAUAUAGUAUGAAUCUUAGUGAAUUGUCAAUUGGGUAUUCACCUCAGAGUCCAAUAUUAGAAGAAGUUGUAAAGGCUGCAAUGGCAAAAUUAUUUGCCGCGAAUGAUGAUAUAAUAAAAAGGGCGAUGUCUAAUCAAAUAAAAUUGCCCAACUUGACCGUAGUAAACAACACUAUUACGUUACCCAGCAAUGUUUCUGGUAUUGACUUGAAGUGGAAUAUCACACUGCCAGAUAAAAUUAAAUUGCCGGACAAUACGACUAUACAAGACUUUCUGGCCACAUUGAUCAAGAACGAAAUAGUGAAGAACUUGUUAAAUGUCAAGGCUUACAAUAAGAGCUCUGACUUGAAUAAUAUAUAUUCCAAGGAGAAAACGACUCGUGAGGUGUUAUGUGUUAUAGAAUUUAGCGACUCACUUGCAGGAGCUACUACAUUACCAGACGACCUAUCAUAUUCACUGCGUUUUCCAGACAGACCUCGCUUAAAUUCAUUUUUCGCCGAAGGUAGUCGAACGUGGUAUACAGAUGUGUUGUAUCCGUUUAUCUCAUAUCCCGGUCCACGAAGUGAAUUCUCCGUCGAAGGGGGGAACGAGCCAGGAUAUACGAAUGAAAUGUUCGUAGCUGUUAUGCAUGUGGUGUCGAUGGAAUUAAUAGAACGACGCACUGGAAAAAAUUUAGCUUCGUUUAUUGUGUACAUGCAAAGAUACCCGCAUCCCCCGUACGUAAAGGAUUAUGAGUUGAAAUGUCUGCAAUUGGUAUUUCCAAUGUUUAUAAUGCUGAGUUUCAGUUACACUGCAGUGAACAUUGUCAGGGCUAUUACUGUUGAAAAAGAAUUAGGGUUGAAGGAAGCAAUGACAAUCAUGGGUCUACCUACAUGGUUACAUUGGACGGCGUGGUUUUGCAAGCAGUUCAUUUAUCUUUUCAUUGUCGUAGUACUUAUCGUUUUUAUCAUAAAGUUGCCAUGGUUUUCGGCACAAGAUGGCUUCCGCGAUUACGCAGUUUUCUCUACGACCCCGUGGCAUAUAUUGUUUAUGUUCCUGAUACUGUAUGUAAUAUGCAUCAUAUUCUUUUGUUUCCUGAUGAGCUGCCUAUUUUCAAGAGCCAACGCUGCGUCAUUGUUCACCGCUGUAUUCUGGUUUUUAACCUAUAUACCGGCUUUCUUGGUGUCAGUGGAAGUGAAAAUGCCAAUGUUUAUAGAGAUAAUCUCUUGCCUCAACCUCAACACUGCAAUGGCUCACGGGUUUUCGAUCUUAUUAUCCAAGGAGAGUGUUGGAGGUAUGCGAUGGAACACAUGGUUCUAUUCUCCAUCUGAAAAAAUCCCUCGUCUUUUAUUCGGCCACGUGGUCAUAAUGAUGAUUGUUGACGCGAUUUUGUACUUGAUCCUGACGUUGUAUCUCGAGCAGGUGUUACCUGGACCCUUUGGUAACCCGCAAAAGUGGUAUUUCUUAUUCCACAAAAGUUACUGGAUGGGUAUCCCAAUGGUCGAUGAUGCACCAUUGAAUGAAUCUAGUUACGGAAACAGAAUCGUAAAAGAGAAGGACCCACGUGAACAUACCGUUGGAGUCAAAAUAAAGAACCUAACAAAAACGUUUGGUACAUUCACUGCAGUGAAUAAUUUGUCUCUGAAUAUUUAUAAUGAUCAGGUUACUGUAUUACUUGGCCAUAAUGGCGCUGGUAAAUCCACUACCAUUUCUAUGAUCACAGGAAACGUGGGAAUUACUCAAGGGUCAGUGAGAGUGGCUGGCUACGAUAUUACACAACAGAAACUCAAAGCUCGAGCCCAUUUGGGUCGAUCGAUGCUUCUAACAACCCAUUUCAUGGAUGAAGCGGACAUCCUCGGCGAUCGCGUCGCAAUAAUGUCAGCUGGUAGCCUCCAGUGUGUCGGUAGCCCUUACUUCUUGAAACAACAUUUCGGUGCGGGGUAUACUCUGGUUAUUGUGAAGUCGGAAUCCUUCGACGUUGACGCUUGUACUCAGCUAUUGAACAAAUAUAUUCCAAACACUGUUGUCAAAGAAGAUCGAGGCACUGAAGUUACUUAUAGUUUGUCAAACGAGUCCGCCCACAUUUUCGAAGAAAUGCUGUCCGACUUGGAGAGAAACCAAAACAAUAUCAAGUUUCAGAAUUACGGGCUUGUUGCAACUACGCUUGAAGACGUGUUCAUGGCGGUGGGUUCCGAAUCGUACGGCGAUAAUCCCGUCUCAGCACGAACUAUGGCUAAAUUUUUACAAUGUAAAUGCGGUAAAUGCCACUUCAGAGCGACUGGUCAACGAGGUCGUUGCUUAUUCGACACUCCACAACGAUAUUGUUGUGGAGGAACUGAAAUUCCCGACGAUGAAAAAUGCAAGUUUGACCCUGCAUUGCGGUGCUACUGCGGCAGGGAGCAUACAUUGCUAGAAUGUCCUGGUGAUAAAUGUACGAGUGACGGCAAUAGUAAAGGCGACAGAAAGGGUGCCUCUGCUAGUAGAAAGCAUGGCGGAAAGCAACCCGAUAAAUUUGCCGACGACACUACCGAUGGCCUCGAAUUUGACAGCCUUGGUGGUGCUGGCGAUACCAAACUAAAAACUAUAACAGGGCCACAAUUACUAAUUAAUCAAAUAUUAGCAACUUGGAUGAAGUUGUUUCUGGUCUGGUCGCGUUCCUGGACGAUGAUUUUGCUGCAGUUUCUGACCCCCAUUCUGCUCAUUAACUCGACGCUCGCUAUGAUCGCAUAUGCUACCAGAACAUCAGAUGCCAAAGAGAAGAGGGCAUUAGUACUAACCACAGGAUUUGCUGAAACUGAAACUCUUCUAAACUACGACAAUACUGGUCUAGGCGCGUCAUCAGGACCAGCUUAUGAAGAAAUUUUUAAUCAGACCGCCGUUGCAAAAAUGCGACUCAAUCUUGUUAACGAAUCGAUAUCAGACUAUUAUCUUGAGAGAGCCAGUAAUCCUUUAACUUUGGAAUAUCUGCGGAACCAAUUACUUGUUGGAGCGACAUUCGAAAGCAACGAAGCUAUAGCUUGGUUUAGCAAUUUUGGUUACCACGAUUCGGCAAUGUCCUUAGCUUACGUCCAUGCUGCAAUAUUUCGAGGCUUAUGUAAACAAUGCAAUAUGAGUGUGUAUAACUAUCCACUUCAGGCCCAUUACACUAAUCGGGAUGAUACAAGAUUGUUAUUGUUAUUGCUAGCGUCGCUCCUUGCAAACGGAAUUGGCAAUAGUGUUGGUGUCGUAAGCGCCAUGUUCGUCAUGUUUUAUAUCAAAGAACGUACAAAUCGAGUUAAAUUGCUCCAAAAAGCAGCUGGACUAAGCCCCGUCGUCAUGUGGGGUAGUGCUUUUGUCUUCGAUUGGGUGUUGUUCGUCCUCGUCAACAUCCCUAUUCUGAUCUCGUGUGCCCUUUUUAGGGUCAUUGGAAUUUCUACAUUCUGGCAAAUACUUCGCCUAUUUAUUCUCUUGGUGGUGUACGGAGCCAGCAUGUUGCCGUUUGUUUACAUAUGUUCGUAUUUGUUCCGUGGACCGGGCGUUGGAUUUGUCGCUCUGUUAUUUCUUAAUGUACUGUUCGGUAUGUUGGCCCCGCAAAUCGUAGAUAUAUUAUGGCUUCCUUAUGGCAACACGAGAACAAUGGGAGACCUUAUUGAUGCUGUGGUGGAGUUCCAUCCUCUUUAUGGCUUUGUAACUUGUGUCAGGUCCUUAAGUCAUAUCAGUCUGGUCCGGCACAUGUGCUACAAAGCCUGUGAAUUCAUGCAGGCAGUAAUGACAAACAUCACUGAGUGCAGCAUGGCGACCAUGUGCGCAAAAUUCUCAGAAGCCUGUUGUAUACCGGAGCAUGCACAUUGGAGCUGGGUCUUACCAGGCGUGUUGAGAUACGUGAUCGUCAUGAUAUUAUCUGGUGUCGUCGGGUGGUGCAUACUCAUGAUUGCUGAGUACAGAGUAUUGCAGAAGAUAUUCUAUACGAAACGUGUACCACCGCCAUUGAAUGAGAAGAAGUUAGACGACGACGUCUUGACAGAAAUGAGACACGUCGAAGAAAUUAACAAAAGGCAAGGGGACCAUAGCUUAGUGGUAAACAAAAUUACCAAAUAUUAUGGCAAUUACCUCGCUGUUAAUCAAGUGUCUUUCACUGUUAGUGAAUCGGAAUGUUUUGGUUUGCUGGGUAUAAAUGGCGCAGGCAAGACAACCACAUUCAAAAUGCUGAUGGGUGACGAAAUGAUAUCAAGUGGUGACGCUUACGUCGCUGGGUAUUCCGUCAGGACUGAAAUGAACAAAGUUUACAGGCAUAUUGGUUAUUGUCCACAAUUCGAUGCUGUGUUCGACGAGAUGACUGGCCGGGAGACUAUGAAGUUUUUCUCGAUGCUCCGAGGCUUGCAGCCUACCAGUGCGUCUAAACAGACUGUCAUGCUGGCCAAGGCACUUGGAUUCACCAAGUAUCUUGAUAAGACGGUGUCGGAACAUUAUUGCGGCGGCACCAAGCGGAAACUGAGUACGGCAGUAGCGUUGCUCGGUCAAACGCGACUUCUGUUUGUCGACGAGCCCACCACCGGCAUGGAUCCUGCAGCUAGUCGAAAGGUUUGGACAGCAAUUCAAGGAGCUCGAAGUGCUGGCCGUGGAAUAAUCCUGACGUCACAUAGUAUGGAAGAGUGUGAAGCUCUUUGCUCACGACUGACAGUCAUGGUCGACGGAGGUUUCCAAUGCUUGGGCACUCCGCAACAUCUCAAGACAAAGUUUUCUCAAGGUUUCAUUUUAACAAUAAAAUUAAAAGCAGACGAUGAAUCUGAUGAAGCGUUGAGAGAGGAACAUACAAACGCAAUGAAGAAUUACAUCAGCAAAAACUUCAAAGAUUCAAAACUCAUGGAGGAAUAUCAAGGUCUAAUCACGUACUAUCUGCCGGAAACCGGAAUUCCUUGGUCGCACAUGUUCGGCAUCAUGGAGUACGCCAAACGAGAAUUGUACGUUGAGGACUACAGCAUCUCACAGACCACACUGCAGCAAAUCUUCCUGCAAUUCACUAAGUAUCGUCAACCAGACAGCGGUAAUAUAGGCAAAGUAACUAUCAAAGGCGCUGAUACGGCCGACAGCAGAACAAAGAAAUUUUAUAAGAAGAUAUUUGCUUUUAGGGAAAAUAAGUGAGCAAUGUUCUUGUUUGUGACACAUUAUUUGUAAACAGGUAGUCGAAAUUGAAAAAGCUUGUGACUAUUAAUUUAGACUCGUAUCGUGAGCGUCAAUCUGAAAUUAACCUUACGCUGAGAAGACUUUGGGCCAUUAGGCCCAACAUACAUAUUAAUAUAGCUUACACGAUGUUCUGGAAUGAAUUUAAUGUAACGAAAGCGAUAUAACAAUUUCUAUUUUUAUAUAUAUUAUUUAUUUCACUUUGCGUUGUUCCUUUCAUUAAUAAGGGAGCCACCACACUUACUACGCGGGAUCGUCUUGAGUCGGUCAAAUAAGGCUUGUAUGUAUGUUGUAUAAUAAGAGCGAAACGUUCUACGUCUUCAUUGCUGGUACAUGGAUAUGUCUUUUUUUUAACCGGCUCGAGCCGCUUUCACGCAACUAUGUGUGGUGACGCCAUUAAUUAUACUAGUUUUUAUUUAGAUAGUGCGUGGCUCUUCGGUUAACUUUUGUACAAAUUUUCUUGUUCUUAUUCUCGGAUAUAAAAUCAAGUUAAGCUAUUUAAUAGAAUUUGUUUUUGUACGUACGUACGUAUGUAGGUUGUUGUAAUAUACUCCCGGACACGUAAUUCGAGCCACCUCGUAUUUUUGUCGUAAAGGGCUAGAAUACAAAAAUAGUGUUAUGGUCGAAGAAAAAGUUU